AUGGCAACGAAAACUUUAGAGGCUCGAUUUGAGCAUCUUUCGGUCAACGACGAGAACGACUCUCAUGCUGCGGGAAAGACUCUAAGCAAAGCAAAGAAGGGCUCUGUUUCAACCGCGGUGUCUUUGACUGGCCUGGGGCCUGCCAAUCCACCAGCAGCGAGCUCAACCCGCAAUCAACUGCUCAAGAUUGCGCUACAGAACACGACUGAAUCAAAGGUUAAUGCAUCAUCGCCAAACCUCAAAGACCACCAGAAAAGCUCAACAGUGCUCUAUGAACAACCCGCACCGAAGACCCUGCACCUUGGCAUGUUCGAGAUCGGAAAGGCGCUAGGAAAAGGCAAAUUUGGCCGCGUUUAUCUAGCUAAGGAGCGCUCCACCGGCUUCAUCUGUGCUCUGAAGGUGCUUCAUAAAUCCGAGCUCCAGCAAGGUGGAGUCCAGAAACAGGUUCGGAGAGAAAUCGAGAUCCAAAGCAACCUGCGCCAUCCUAACGUGCUACGACUCUACGGCCAUUUCCAUGACAGCAAGCGAAUCUUCCUCGUUCUGGAAUUUGCUGGCAAAGGCGAAUUGUAUAAGCACCUUCGCAAGGAGAACCGUUUUCCCGAGUGGAAGGCGGCUCAAUAUAUUGCACAAAUGGCAGCUGCUUUGAAAUAUUUGCACAAGAAGCACGUUAUUCACCGAGACAUUAAACCAGAGAAUAUCCUCGUUGGCAUUCACGGAGAGAUCAAGAUCAGCGACUUCGGAUGGAGUGUACAUGCGCCAAACAAUAGAAGACAGACAAUGUGCGGUACACUUGACUACCUGCCUCCAGAGAUGCUGAGGUCGGGCUCGCAAGAUAACUUUUACAAUGAGAAAGUGGACCUUUGGAGUCUUGGAGUCCUGACCUAUGAAUUCUUGGUUGGAGAAGCCCCAUUUGAGGACACGCCAGUUAUGACUCAACGAAGAAUUGCUCGAGGCGACAUGUCUAUCCCUUCGUUUAUCAGUCCGGAGGCUAGAGACCUAAUUAAAAGGCUGCUUGUUCUUGACCCUGAGAAGCGAAUUUCGUUAGAAGAAGUCCAGCAACAUCCUUGGAUUUUGAAACAUUGUGUCAAGACAGAGAAGGCAUCGCAACGCAGUUCGAAUCAAAAAUAA